GAGAAGUGAAGCCUGACCCUUCCUAAACCUUAACCGGAGGAGCAACCAAACGGGGAAUGGCAGGGUUUGCUCGGUGUUACUGGUCCAGGGCAGAUGUAAGCAGCCACUCGUUGCCGUGUGGGCGGCGCUCUGCAAGAGGCAGAUGGCACGGUGGUGCUUUGAAAAUGAAGGAUCAGUACAGAACAGCCAUUUUGUGAUCCUUUUGGGGUUUCGAACUUUUAUACUUGAGAUGACUAUUGUCUAACAACGUAACUCAACAGUUUAGAACGCACCAUCAAAAUGCAACAGUGGAUAUUUUCUUCAAAAGAUUCAAAAAUUAAGAAUUAUUGUUUGUACAGUGCAACAUUCUUUAGGGAUGGAGGAGAGUGUGUGCACAGAUAAAUAUGAAGGUGACAUGUCAGAGUCCAAUAGUAACCAUGGAAACCAAGUGAAGAACUUUGUUAACAUAAUUGGUAAUUGUGGUAGAUCAACACAAUAUUCAGAAGACAACUUGCUCUGUAAAGAAUCAGAAGAUCAUCUUUUACCCACCAGUGGUUUGAUGACAACCAAAAAUAAAAAUGAAACUGAAAGUGAUAUGAAGGGACAACAGAUGAGCAGCAAUUUUUCACACUCUGUAAAUAUUCAGCACCGUACAGACAUCAGAGAUACCAAAGGGCUCAUUUGCAGUAUUUGUGGGAGUACAUUAAGCUGUAGGAGUUCACUGGAUAAGCACGUGUUGAUCCAUUCUAGCAAGAAACCAUAUCACUGUGCAGUGUGUGGGCAGCCACUUGCAGCAAAGGACCAUGUGCAAAGUGUGAAGUUGCCAGAGGGACAAUCUGAUAUCAGUGAUAACACGGAGAGAACUUCUAUACCUGAAGAAGCAGGACCAUUCUGGAAUUCCGUGGUAGCUGCGGGGAUGCUGUUUGUUUGUGAAACAUGUGUUGCUUACAGAAAUCUUCUUGAGGCUGAAGAGACUUCAGUCCAUAAGUGGAUGGCCCGGAGACAGAAUGAGCCUCUGCAUGUUCGUUUGCAAAGACUAGAACGUGAACGGACUGCAAAAAGACUUAAACGUGCUAAUGAAUCAGCAGAUGAAAGGGAGAUGAGGAGGCUGAGAGAUCGUGAAGCCAAGCGUCUUCAGAGAAUGCAGGAGUCGGAAGACCAGAGGGCAAGAAGGUUACAACGUGAGAGAGAAGCUAUGAGAUUGAAAAGGGCGAAUGAGACUCCAGAAAAACGGCAAGCAAGGCUCGUAAGAGAGAGAGAAGCAAAACGGAUAAAAAGACGUCUGCAGAAGUUAAACCCUAGUCUAUCGGUUCAUAUUUCUCAGAAAUCAACACCAGAAAUGAGCUCAUUCCAGCUUCGUGUCGCUUGCCCCAAUCUAUAAAAUAAAUAUGUAGUUUAAGAAAA